GGGAACUUCGAACCGCCCCCAAAUCCACCGGGGCUCUCCAAGUUGCGCUCCGUUUGCUCUCGUUCUCUGAGAGUUUCUUUAUCAAAAUACCCGAUAAACAAUGAGACCGUAAAAAGGAUAGUUUCACAUUUCACAUUACUUUCAACACUCUCCGAGGAUGUCACUCCGAACCAGGGCAGGAUUUUAUCGCCAGGAGAUAAACAGAACCGUUUGGGACGUGCCGGAGAGAUACAGAGAUCUCAUUCAGAUAGGAACCGGAGCGUACGGAACGGUCUGUUCAGCCAUUGACCGCAAGACAGGAGUGCGUGUGGCCAUCAAGAAGCUCCACCGGCCGUUCCAGUCCCGACUGUUCGCCAAACGCGCUUACAGAGAGCUACGACUCCUCAAGCACAUGAAACAUGAGAAUGUUAUUGGACUGCUGGACGCCUUUACCUCAGAAAUCUUGUUGGACAGAUUUCAGGAUUUUUACCUGGUGAUGCCGUUUAUGGGCACUGAUUUGGGAAAGCUGAUGAAGAUGGAGAGACUAUCGGAGGACAGGGUGCAGUUUUUGGUCUAUCAGAUACUGAGGGGUCUGAAGUACAUUCAUUCAGCCGGGAUCAUUCACAGGGAUCUCAAACCAGGAAAUCUGGCCGUGAACCAGGACUGUGAGUUGAAGAUCUUGGACUUUGGACUUGCACGUCAGGCAGAUUCAGAGAUGACGGGUUAUGUUGUGACCCGCUGGUACAGAGCACCAGAGGUUAUCCUCAACUGGAUGCACUACUCACAAACAGUUGAUAUCUGGUCGGUGGGCUGCAUCAUGGCGGAGAUGUUGCUUGGAAGGCCACUUUUUAAAGGAAAUGACCAUUUGGACCAGCUGAGAGAGAUCAUGAAAAUCACAGGAACACCAGCACCAGAUUUCAUCAUGAAGCUACAAAGCCAAGAUGCCAAAAACUACAUCAGAGGUCUACCUAAAGUACCAAAGAAGGACUUAAACACUAUUUUCUUUAAAGCUAGCUCAGAAGCGGUGAGCGCUCUGGAGCGGAUGCUGGUUCUGGAUCCUGAGAAACGCGUGAGCGCUGCAGAGGCACUUGAGCUCCCGCUGUUCACAGAGUUCAGAGAACCUGAGGAAGAGACGGAGGCCCUGCCUUAUGAUCACUCUAUGGACAACACAGAAAUGCCUCUGGAUCAAUGGAAACGUCACACUUUUACAGAGAUCCUGUCAUUCCAGCCACCCAUCACAGAGAUCAGAGACUCCAAAGAAACAUCCCUCUAACUGAACGCAGAUACACACCAUACAUAAAAUGCAUAAAUGCAUGCUAAAAGAAAAUGGAAUGAAUGUAAAAAAUAUGACGAGUUUGUCACAAUGUUGUUAAAUUAUGAGGUUUCAGAUUAUUAUACGGUUAUGUAAACUCUCUUUAUUACUUGACUUGAAUAUGCAAAAUCCAUUUUAUACCUGCACCCAAAAACCUUUCUGUAUGAAUGCUAGUCUUAAUGAUUUCAGCGUGCCAGUAGGCUUAUGGUUUAUUUACUUUACUGAUCAGUUCUUAUUUAAUUUAUUAAUACAAUAGUUUUACACAGAAUAUGUCAUGGUUAGCACAUUUAACACUGCACCUCUUUUUUUAAUUAAUAAAUAAAACCAUCUU